AUGUUGUCCCGUUUAAAUGAUUUCCUGACACGCCAUCGUCGAAAAUUCAUUGUUACUGGUGUUGUGGUUGGCGGUUCCAUAUUCCUCUUCAAAUAUGCCCAAAAUAAACUAGUCGAAAUGCAAGAGAAACAGGCCCGUGAAUUUCUAGAGAAAAGUCGUCGCCUUCAACAUUUCGAAUCGACAGAGAAGACAUGCAAUCAGGUGAUAUUGGGUAUGGGCGCCGAACUAAUGCAGGCCAUCAUUAAGGAAUGUUCCACAGAUGAGUUGCUUGAACAAUUGAAACAAAAUCCACCCAACAAAUUGGAAUUGUGGGAAGAAAUGAAAAUACAAUCCUUCACACGACUAACCACAUUUAUAUAUGCCUCCUCAAUGUUGGUGGUGGCCCUAAGGAUACAAUUGAAUUUGUUGGGAGGCUAUCUGUAUCAGGAUACCACAACGACAACGGAUAAGUAUGGCAAGAAGAAACCUGGGAAAAUAAAUGAUGAUCUUAAACAGCAAUAUUUGUCAUUAAUUCGGCAUUUUAUACAAGAAGAUGGCCUUUCGGAAUUGGUGCGUUUGAUACGUGCCAAAGUCAUGGCGGUGAUGCGUCAAUUGCCAUUGACAAAACCCCUUAGCUUGGCCGAUAUCGAACAAUUGUUUUGGUCUCUACAAAUGGCCAUAAACAGUGAUCCCAGUACCGAUCCCUGUUCAAAGAUGGCCAAAUAUUUGUUACCUUCCCAAUUGCCAGACCAUCUCAGUGGCGACAUGGCAUUAAUGCAAAAAAUGUUCAACGAAACGUUGGAUCUUUUGGAAAGCGAUGAAGCCAGUAGUGUUUGUUCCAAUAAUAUUUGUCGAGGUUUUUCCCUGGCCGUUGAUGCCAUGGCCGAGAGUUAUAAACAUACGAUAAGUACAAAUCCAUCGAAUAGUAGUGAAAAGCAACAGCAGCAGCCUCAAGAUUUUAAUGUCAACAGUAUACAAAUUGCUUUGGCCCGUGUUAUACCCAUUGCCAGUACAAUGACAGCAAAGGGUUUUGACAGUGAAACGAGACCACAAAAUUUGGCCACCUCCUUACUGACAUUCUAUGUGAUAUCGGACAAGACAAAGGUGUUGGGUGCCAAUGUCUAUGAAACAUUUUCGUCAACGUAGA